GAGCACUUCGUGCCCAUCACGAACUUGCCCGACGCCAUACACUUCGUGGUGAUCGUCAUCCUGAGCGUGUCGUCUGGGCCGUUCUACGGGCUGCAGGCCCGGCGCGCCCCGCGAGCCAGGUAGUACUCCUGAUGAUCACUGGCGUCAUCUUCAUGGCGAUGCCGAUUGCGAUCACGGGCUCGUGCUUCUCGCAGACGUGGUUCGACCAGGACCGGAUCAUGCUGUUGGAUCAGGUGCGCUCCAGACUGCAGGCCCAAGGCUUCUCCCAAGAGGACCUGCAGACGGUCUUCGAGGAGGUCGACCAGGACAAGUCUGGCGCCAUCGAGUUCGAAGAGUUCAGGCAGAUGAUCGAGACGUUUAACCUGAGAUCUCUGAACGCCGCGAAGAUCAGGAAGCUCUUCCAGGUCUUCGACAACGACGGCGACGGAGAAAUCAAUUUCAUGGACUUCUGCCUGACGCUCUACCCGGAGAUCUCGGUGUUCGACCUCGGCGCGCCCGUCUCCCGGGCCUUCUCCGCGGAGCGCGAGGACGACGGCGCUGGCCAGACGGAAGUGGCGAACCAGACGUCGGACGGGAGCGGCGUGCUGAGCGCGUCGCUUCGGCAGCGUUCGAGCGGCACGUUCGGGAAGGCCCAGUCGGAGCCGGCGAGGUCGUGGAUACCCUCGCACAUGAAGGGUCUUCCCGCGUGGCAUUCGCGGCUGUCCGACCCGCACACGCGGAUGCCCAGGAAGUCUUGCCAAGACUUGCGCAAGCGCGUCCACGCCAUCCAGAGGACGGGGCGGCCGUGGCGGGCAGGGAGAAAGAGGCAGUCGUCCUCCUCUUCGCGGUCUGGCUCUCCCGCCGCCAGGGACGACGAGGCGGUCAGCGACGAGGAGAUGGCGAAGAGGGUCAGCUCUGGCGCCACGCUCGACCGCGCGUCCUCGAACGGCAGCGAGACGAGGCCGCAGGGCCAGCCGCCCUCCGCCGACUCUGCGGGCCGGGGCGGCAGCGCCGCGCCGGAGGUGCCCGGGAGGGCGUCUCGGCCGCCGCCGUUGCAGUUUGAGGACGACGCGCCCUCGCCGCACCCCGCCGCCGGCAGCCCAGGGGCCCUCGCGCUCGGCGAGGGCGUCUGCGCCCUGGUGCACGGCCUGGAGCGCGGCAGCCGCUACAGCCUGAACGGCCAGCUGGUGACGAUCUUGCGGAGGUCCUCCAGACAGGAGGACGCCUGGCUGGUGCACAUGCCGAACGGCGGCAGGAAGCGCCUGCCAGAGGCCAACCUGAGGCCGUGCCCCGCCUCGGCCGGCCGCGACAAGGGCAGCCCCAGUGCGUCCAGCGGCGCGCCCGCGCCGGACAGCGAGGGGCAGCCGCCAGGAGGCGCCCCGCGCGGCGCCGGCUCGCCCACGGCGGGCGCGCCUCCGGCGCCCAGGGCUGCCAGGCGCCGGCGGGGCGACGACCCCCACGACGCGCUGCGGAGCGCCGAGGACAUCCUCGUGCGCCUGGAGUGGCGCAUGAAUCGCAGGCUGAACGGCCUGGCAGGCCUGGCGUCGUGA